AAAAAACAAAAACAAAAAAAAACGGAGAAGGGGGGAGAAAAAAGAAAAAGGUCUACACAGGAAAAAAGGUGGUCCCACUCCGAGAACACCGUUUCCAAGCAGGCGGUCUCAAUUUCAUACUUUUCUGCUCGUAUUGCUUCGUCUCUGUAGUGAUAGAAACAAGUUAACAACCAUUAUUUUUGGACUCAACAUGUUUAUGUUAGCAAAUACUAUGGAGAUGCUAUCUUUCUAGCCGGAUUAAAGUUUUAGAAACGCGGUAACGUUAAAUGGAGAGAAGAGCAGAAACUGGAGUGAAGAGGCUGGCGCUGGGAAUCUCGCCUUCUUACUCCCACCAUCGCCUGUAAGAAAAUCCCUCCUAAGAUUUACUCUUGCAGAUUUCACACUGACUGGAUUUAAGGCAAUUCUGGAGGGAUAACUGACCGUGGGCCUGGACGUGUCCCCUCGUGGUGUUUGCCGGUGUGGCACUACACCGUGAACUGAUUGGAUGCUGCCUGGGAGCUGAGGAUGUGCUGCUGGCACCAGGAAGGAAGGAUUUUGAUGUGAUGGGGUGCAGGACGAGCAAAGUCCUCCCAGAGCCACCCGCUGAUGUCCAACUUGACCUAGUUAAAAAGGUAGAGCCGCAUCAGACUGAUGUCUAUAAAAACUUCAUCAAAAGUGACGGUGGCGGGGAGAAAACAGGCUCGCCAUCACCUCAGGGUCAAAGCCAGGCUGCUGCGAAGGUGAGCCAGUCUCCUCCUCCAGCUAACAGCCAGCCUGAGCCUGCUGACCCACACCGGAAAAAAGUAGCCAAAUACAGGGCCAAAUUUGACCCUCGAGUGACUGCUAAGUAUGAUAUCAAAGCUUUGAUAGGCCGGGGCAGUUUCAGUCGGGUAAUACGAGUGGAACACAGAAGCACACGGCAGCCGUACGCCAUCAAGAUGAUCGAGACACGCUACCGUGAGGGCAGAGAAGUAUGUGAAUCUGAACUUUGCGUGCUGCGAAGGGUGCGCCACACCAACAUCAUUCAACUGAUGGAGGUGUUCGAGACGGCUGAGCGGGUCUACAUGGUGAUGGAGUUGGCCACCGGCGGAGAACUGUUCGACCGCAUCAUCGCCCGCGGGUCGUUCACAGAAAGGGACGCCACGCGAGUGCUACAGAUGGUUCUCGAUGGGGUGAAGUACCUCCAUACGUUGGGCAUCACGCACAGAGACCUAAAGCCUGAAAACUUGCUUUACUACCAUCCUGGUGCUGAUUCCAAGAUUAUGAUCACAGACUUUGGUUUGGCCAGCACGCGGAAGAAAGGCGACGAAUGCCUGAUGAAGACUACCUGUGGAACACCUGAGUACAUCGCUCCAGAGAUACUCGUCCGAAAGCCCUACACUAAUGCAGUAGACAUGUGGGCGCUGGGAGUCAUCUCCUACAUACUGCUCAGUGGAACCAUGCCUUUUGAGGAUGACAAUCGCAUGCGCCUGUACCGACAGAUCCUCAAAGGGAAAUACAGCUUCUCCGGGGAGCCAUGGCCAAGUGUUUCCAACCUUGCUAAGGACUUCAUUGACCGUGUCCUCACGGUGGAUCCCACUGAGCGUCUGACUGCGGGCCAGGCACUUAAACACCCUUGGAUUGUCAGCAUGGCUGCUUCCUCCUCCAUGAAGAACCUGCAGCGGUCCAUUUCCCAGAACCUCCUGAAGAGAGCGUCAUCACGCUGCCACAGCACCAAAUCAGCACAGUCCACUCGCUCCAGCCGCUCCACGAAAUCCAGCAAGGCGCGACGUGUUCGCGAGAAGGAGCUGCGGGAACUUAACCGCCGUUACCAGCAACAGUGUAACGGUUGAAAGCGACAACCAUGACUAUGUGACAAACAAGACCUUAUGAAAAACAUCAGAAAGAGCAGAACAACAUUGUGCCUCAAUUUAGAUGUCAACUUCCUGCUCCAUCACCACAGAGCCAAUUAGCAGAAAACCUCCUUCUACACUUCAUUCAUUUUCUAUUUUUCUGCUGUUUCUCUCUCGUUCAUUUCCUUAUAUGUGAGUGUUUUAUUUAUUUAUUGUUGAUGUAUUUUCAUGUGUAUGUUGUCUUUGGAAUUUAUCCCAUUCAGCCUUUUACCUGAUUGUAUCUGUUGAACAGAAUUUUACAAAAGUUGCAGGAAGGACUAAGAAUGCACCUUCCUGAUUUUUGCUGUGAAUUAUUUGUUAUGGUACCCACCCGGAAGAUUGCUCUUCUGAUGGGGGAAAUGUGCUGUUUAUUCAUUAUUAGCAACAAAUCACAUGACCUUGUGAUAGUUUAUUGUGCCUUAAUAUCACUUUGAACAUGAUGGAAAGGUAAGAAUCAAAUAGUUGGUAAUUGCUUUUUGAAGUAACCACGUAUAUAUCACAUUUGUAAUGAUACACACAUUGUAAUCUUGUAAUAUUGCGGCUGGUUAGUUAUGAGCCUCAAAAGGGUAGUUCACACAAAUAUGAAAAUUCUGUCUUCGUUUACUCAUGAAAGGAGCAGAUAAGAUAUUUUUUCAUUUUUUUUUUGUCUUUUUUUGUCCGUACAAUGAGUCCAAGUCAGUAGGGUCCAAAACAACAGUAGACUUUAAUUGUAUGGCCAACAAAAAAAAAAGAUUUUCAUAACUUUCUUUCAUAUUAUGUAGAAAUGAAGAAGUCAUACAGGUUUAGAAAUUAAUUGCAACUCUUUAUCUCAUAAUUCUAAAUUAUCUACCAAUUUGGCCUUGCUUUAUAAACUCUUAAUUGUGAGAUAUACAUACAGAACUGCAAGAUAUAAGAAAAAAUCUGAAUUGUGAGAUAAAAAGUUGCAAAUUCAGACUUUUUUGAGUUCAUAUCUUUAUAUUAAAAUGUCAUUUUGUGCCAGAAACAGGCUUUCGUAUGAGGGUGAUAAAACAAUGACAGAAUUCAAAUUUUUGAGUGAACAAUACCUUCAAGUUGGUCCAAAAAUAUCAAAGACCUCUACAUUGCCCAAUAUCUGUUUAUCCUGAAUGGAAAACAACUGUCCCUUCUUCAAGAGAUUUGGUCAGUGAACAAACCUACCGUGAUUCUUGACUUCUUCUCUUGGAUCUGUCUGUACAUGUGUUGUAGUAAUUAAUCAUACUAACUGAUAUUGAUUGCUCUCUCAGCAUGGGCGGCCAGUAUCGGGAAGCCCUGAAUCAGAAUUGGUUACUUUCUCUGUCACCAGCUGUUGUGCCUUGAGCAAGGCACUGAACCACCAUGAAGGCCUUUUGGCAGCCUUUUCACUCUCACCCCCCUCUGACAGAAACUAGUAGAGAUGUGCCAAAGAAAUUUCUGUGUGCCUGUAUUAACAAGGAACAUUUGGUGAGAUCUGAAAUAUGAUUCCCCAUGAAAAUAAUUACUGUUAAAACUGUGAUGAUAUGAGGAUUUCUCAAAAUAUUAUUUUAAAUCUGUUCUUUGUUUUUUUAUAUAUAAAAUCUUAUAUCAAAUAAUUAAGGAGAAAAUGCAUUUGUGUAUUUGAGUUGUGUCCCGUUUCACAGAAAGUGCCUUGAAUUUGUUUUACAAGUAAUAUUACGAAAAAAUUGCGACGUCACAGUAUUUGAGUACAGAAAUAUUCUUGGUUUCUUACACAUUCUCUUACUUUUAAGCUUGUGUAACUUAGAAAUGGAACUUUUUGGUUACAUUUAUUGGUUAAAUUCAACCAUUUUUGAGGAUUCAUAUGUGAGUGUUAAGGCUGUCAUACAUGUUCAUUUUAAUUUAGUACUAAAUUAAGUACAUGUCCACUAAAAUAUUUGAUUAAAAAUCAAAAAAGACUUUAGGAAGACCACUGUUUGUAUAUGCCUUUAUACCCCAAAUAUUUUUCUCUCUCAAGACAAGAAAAAAGCUAUUUUAUAUGUGCUUGUUAAACUUGAUCUGAUCUUCUAGCACUUCAAAUUGAGACUAGUAAAGAAAAUGCUCUUAAAAGUGCAAAAAUAUUUUUGAUUAAGUGUAUCACCAACAUUCAUGUAAGGAAUGUGUGUUUGUAGCUGCAGUUGAAAUAAAACUGCAACUGUUGUCCAUUUGUUGAAUUCAAUCCAACACUGUCUGUUGAAAUUAAGUGUUUCGUUCCUUCUUGUCAAUUUUAAUA